UUCUCUUUCCCCGGCUGGCGGCGGCGAUGGCUACCCGCAGAGCCAAAAAGCGAAAAUGGCAUGAGGCCGAGUUGGUCGCCGGCGUCCGACCACCGGCGAGCGGCAAGCGCGAAGUCGGAGAAGGUCCCGACCUGAUCAGCAACCUACCCGACGGCGUUCUCUGCGACAUCAUCUCGCUCCUCCCCACCGAGGACGGCGCCCGCACCCAGAUCCUCUCCACCCGGUGGCGCCCCCUCUUUCGCUCCGCCCCGCUCAACCUCGACGUCGAGCUCCGCCGCAAAGACGAGCCCGCCUCCUCCGGCCUCGUCUCCCGCAUUCUCGCCGAGCACCAGGCGCGCUGCCGCCGGCUCGCCCUGAUCUGGCACGGCUACGAAUCUGACCACGUCUUCCCAUUACUGAACGGCUGGCUCGAGUCGCCGGCCUUCAAAGGCCUCUCCGAGUUCGAUCUGUGGCUAAAGCAAGAGGAAAUUUGCCAGAAACUUCGGUUUGUGCCAACGUGGGAGGUUCCGUAUGGGCUGCCACUGUCCUUGCUCCGGCUUUUGCCCAAGCUCCGCAUCCUCAGCAUCAAGUGCACCUGCUACGUGAUCCAUUUCCCCUCCACUACCACCUUGGCCGGCGAUCUACAUUUUCACGAACUCAAGCAGCUCACACUUAAAGGUGUCGUUGUCUCGGAGGGCUUCCUCCAUGGCCUUCUUGCUGGAUGCACCGUGCUGGAGAGCUUGGUACUUAGUGGAUUGGAAGGUGCCUGUGGUUUUCGGAUCAACUCGUCCACCCUUAGGAGGCUAGGGGUGUCGUCUGGUUUUGGUUGGACAGAUGAAUUGUUGCGAGAAGUCAUUGUUGAGGAUGCCCCUGUCCUAGAGAAGUUGUUCCUAUGUGGGAGAGAUCACAACCUAUCUGUCCGUGUGCUUUACGCACCCAAACUGGACUUCUUGGGUUCUCUGCCAGAAGGGUUCACCAAAGGCAAGCUUGAAACCAAUGUUCUUCAGGUAACCGCAACUUUUUUUUUGUUAUGCCUUGCAUAUUCUGUGCUAACCAUUUGUGUGUAUUACUUAAUUCAGGGAAUUGUUGCCGUCAAUUUGAUGAAUGUGGUGCGGACAGUUAAAGUUUUGGUUUUGCGCAUGUCCCCUCCAAGUGUUGAUGAUGCCAUUGACUUCGUGACAUUCUUUCCUUGCUUGGAGAAGUUAUAUAUUUUGUUAUUCCGGGAUGGGGCAUCAAAAAGAGCACGAAACCAUUUUCCACUUGGUUAUAUUGAAUGUUUGGAGCUCCAUCUCAAAAAGGUAGUGCUGAUAAAUUAUCAUGGAUCACCGAGAGAUGUUCAUUUUGCAAGGUUCUUUCUGUUGAACGCAAAAGUGCUAGAACUGAUGGAGUUUGCAACACGCAAAUCGGAAGGUCGAAAGAAAUGCAUUUCUGAAUGGAUAGCUAGCCAACCAAUGAAACUACAGCUGGAUAACAGGGCUUCUCAAGGUGCUCAGUUUAAUUUUACCGAUGCUUCUUACUACGAUGACGGGAUACAUAUUGGGCACAUCCAUGACCUGACUGUUAGUGACCCCUUUGAUAGAUCAUUGUGUCGAUGUCGUGAUAUCGAUGUACUUUGAGAUACUCUCGGUUGUUGCGUUCUUAUUUCAUGGCUUGGGAAAACUUUAGAUGGUAUCUGUAAUGUUUGACAUUUGCUUUAGUUGGAACAUCUGUAUUUCUUUGCCAAUCUAUGUUGCUACAUCACAUGCA